AUGAGAACGCUCGUUGUAUUCCGAUUAGGUACGUUAUUAAAUUUUGUUAUUGAUUGGUUGAUUUUUGAAAUCACAUUACCAUGGCUGAUGCUAGUACAUCUAAUAUCAAUGACAUUACAGUUAGUAUCUGUUUAUGAAGUUACGUGUAUAGAGCAAGAUGUUGAGCAA